UUUAAAAUGUCAAAUGCUUCUCAGUCUCAGACCACCACCACUAUUGGACGGGGGUUACUAGAAAGAGCAAUAUUUUCCACUCUGACUAUCAUACCAUGCUGUGUGUUCCUCUUCAUUAAUGUGAUCAUGCUAUUCACCUUGAGGAGUAAACCUGUGUUUCGUGAGACCUCCCGUUACAUUCUUCUGUAUAACCUCCUUUUUGCAGACACUGUACUGAUGGCACAGGGUCAGUUAAUGUAUAUUCUGGCUGUUUGUAGAUUAAGACUGACUUAUCCUGUAUGCGGUUUUCUCAUCAUGCUCGCCAAUGUUAUAACUGAAAUCUCUCCUCUCACGCUGGUAGUGAUGUCUCUGGAGAGGUAUGUAGCUGUGUGCUACCCACUGAGGCACGCUACCAUCAUCACCACCAGAAACACAGGGGUGGCGAUCGGUGUAAUUUGGACAUUCUGUUCCUUAAAUGUUUUCAUCCAAGUUCUUUUGCUGUUAGAUUUUCCAUUUGAAGAACUGGAGAGCCUGCAGAUGAAAGACUUUUGCUCUGACAUAGCCAUGUUUCUUGGCCCAAUGUCUGAUCAUUAUAACAAAGGCUAUGCUUGCUUUCUGUUUCUGUCAGCUGGUGUGAUAAUAACUUGCUCCUAUAUUGGUGUGAUGAUAGCAGCCAGGUCGGCCUCCACAAACAAAGCUUCUGCCGAUAAAGCUCGUAAUACAUUGCUGCUGCAUCUGGUGCAGCUGGGCCUCAGUCUCUCGUCAGCUAUACACAACCCAUUGCUUGUAGCUGUCUCAAAAGUCCUUGACAGGAUAAUGAUUGUCCGCAUCCAAAUUGUCCUUUAUGUGUGUAUUAUGCUCCUCCCCAGAUGUCUAAGUGCUCUCAUCUAUGGUAUCAGAGACCAAACCAUCAGACCCAUCCUUGUAUACCAUUUAUGUUGUAGACUGAAACUGAGAGCCAAGGCUGAGGUCUCACCUUAA